GAAAUGCCAGACCGGACACGUAACUUUCCCGGAGCCUCGUGAGCUUCACCAAACCAGCAACACCGAGUCAAAUGUUCGCCUAUUGAGAACUUACCUUCCCACGCAGCCCCAGCUCUCUGCCUCCGCCUCACGCUGUCCCCACCUUUUGGACCGCCACCGGAACGCCGGAGCGCCCGCCGAAGGAAGUGGCCCGCAUGGUGGUUGAAGGGAUGCCCGAGACGGCCGAGGGAGGAGGAGGAGGAGGAGGGAUGCUGAGCCGGCGAAGGGGCAAAGCCAGGCGGAGAAAACGAAAGGAGUUGUUCGCCAUCCAGAUGUGCUUUGCGGCUGUGCUGCUGGGGCUGGUCGUGGGGCUGCAGACGGUGGCACAGAAAGCAGGAUAUCAGACUUCUAUCUCUUUGGUUGUGGAAGAGGCAAAGUGGGAGAGUCGUCACCUUCUGCAAGAAGACAACAAGUCUAAGCUCUACUUAGAGCCGGACAAAAACUGCACUGAACCAGCGAUCCAUGAGUUCCCCAGAGAUUAUUUCACCAACCAGGAGCGCACAGAGGGAGCCGUGGGCCUCCAUGUUCUGUGUGCAGUCUACAUGUUUUAUGCCCUGGCAUUGGUCUGUGAUGACUACUUUGUCCCCUCACUAGAGAAGAUUUGUGAGCGUCUUCAGCUGAGUGAGGACGUGGCAGGAGCCACCUUCAUGGCAGCUGGCAGCUCAGCUCCUGAACUCUUCACGUCAGUCAUUGGAGUGUUCAUCACCAAAGGCGACGUUGGCGUGGGCACAAUUGUGGGCUCUGCUGUCUUCAACAUUCUCUGCAUUAUUGGAGUGUGUGGCAUAUUCGCUUUGCAGACCAUCCGUCUGUCCCGCUGGCCUCUGCUCAGAGACUCGGUCUACUACACACUCUCUAUCUCUGCCCUUAUAGUGUUUAUAUAUGAUGAAAAGGUGGUUUGGUGGGAAGCUCUGACACUGAUUCUGAUGUAUUUCGUCUACAUUUUGAUCAUGAGGUUGAACUGCUAUAUUGUUCGUUUCCUUGAGAGACAGAAGAAGAAUCCAUCUGGUUUAAGUAAUGGAGCUGCUUCUAACACUGAACUAGAUGAUGGCUAUGAUGCUACAGCUGUCCUGCUGAAGAAAGCAAACCACCACAGCAAGCCAUCUGUGCUGAUGGUGGACGAGCUGCUCUCUGCGUACCCCCACCAGCUGACCUUUUCCGAGGCUGGCAUGAGGAUCAUGAUCACCAGUCACUUCUCUCCGAGAACCCGACUCACCAUGGCCUCACGGAUGCUCAUCACUGAGAGACAGAGACUAAUCAACACACGGACUCUGACCAACGGCGAGUCAGACGUCUCUGUCAAAGGAGGCGGUAGACGGGGCAUCGAAAAUGGGCUGUCCAGGGCAGAGAGGCGCCUCAGCAUUCGCCGUGACGAUCGAGAGGCGGGCAACGAGACGGAGAACGAAGACAACGAAAACAAUGAGAACGAUGAAGAGGAAGAGGAAGAUGAGAGAGAUGGACCUUUUGUGCCCUUCCAGUGCCCAGCUGGUGUGUUUAACAAGCUGAAGUGGCUGCUGGCCUGGCCUCUGUGCCUGGUGCUGUUCUUUACCGUCCCCAACUGCUCCAAACCUCGCUGGGAGAACUGGUUUAUGCUCUCCUUUUUUUUCUCCACCCUUUGGAUUGCCUCCUUCUCCUACAUCAUGGUCUGGAUGGUAACGGUGAUCGGCUUCACACUCGGAAUUCCCGAUGUGAUCAUGGGCAUCACCUUCCUGGCAGCUGGCACCAGCGUUCCUGACUGCAUGGCGAGUCUGAUAGUGGCGCGGCAAGGUAUGGGAGACAUGGCCGUGUCCAACUCCAUCGGCAGUAAUGUGUUUGACAUCCUGGUAGGGCUCGGCCUCCCCUGGGCCCUGAAGACACUGGCCAUUAAUUACGGCUCUGCUAUUAAGCUGAACAGCAAAGGGCUCAUCUUCUCUGUGGGACUCCUGCUGGCGUCUGUCUUCCUUACGGUGCUGGGAGUCCACCUGAACAAGUGGACGCUGGACAAACGUCUGGGACUCACGUGUCUCUUGUUCUACUCCAUCUUCCUGUGCUUCUCCUGUCUCAUCGAAUACAACAUCUUCACUUUUGUCAACCUGCCAACGUGUCGGGAAGACUGAGACGCACCAGCAUUGCCACACACACACGCACACCAACACACACACACACACAAAGUCCGAUUCACAGGUAGUGUUACGGAGGCGAUAGGUGGAGUUCGACAGAGGCUCUAAGUCAGAACAGACUUGUUUCUGAGUCUCUUUGUUUGUUGUUUUUGGAGAGGUCCCACUCUGCUCUUUUUUGGGUGCUUGUUUUCCUGCUUGGUGCGAUAUGGAGCUGCUCUGGUGUUUACUCCCAAUCAGACCAGAGUGUGGGACUUUUUCCAGGGGCAGAGAUUGGUUAAUAACAAGCCCUCACUGUGCUCAACACACACACACACACACACACACCCCUGUAUUACUGCAUGCUUCUCACAUAAACAUGUUUUAUUUUGAAGCUCCUGUGUUUAGGUGUGACGUUUCCUAGCUGCUAACUCUUCCUCACAGGGUACGCGAGGCCUUGUUGAGGAGAGUAAAAACGAUCAAAGCAAUGACGAAUCCGAGGUGGGCGGAGUCGGCUCAGCACUUCAGCUGCAGAGGAGUUGUUUGGGUUGUUGGAAGUCUCUCGGUAGCAAACAGACCCAGUUAUGCACAUGUGCACAUUAUGUCCAGUCAGAGUCACUUUGUUCAUGCCUCAAGUGUGUAUAGACGUGUGUAGAGACAGUCUUCCUCUUCUGCUUUUAGACGUAAAACUACAGGCAACCAGGGCAUUACCUUUUUAUGAAGUGACUCACAAUUGUAGUGUUGUUGUGGUUUUUUUUUUACUCCUUCUUGAAUAUACCCUUCUCCUGUAUAUACCCCCCAGAUGAUUUAUUUAUAAUUUAUUCAUGCCACACACGUCUCACAUUUCUCUCGAGGUCACAGAAACAAACAGAAGAAUAAAACUUAAAACACAAAACAAGCACAACGUCUUCUGAGGGAUCGAUCUGGAAUUCUGCGGGUGGAUGUCAGAAAUGUCCUAUUUGCACUGACCAGCUCCGUGAGGAACAUCCUUAUAAAAAGAAGAGGAUUUUGAUUUUUUUUUUUUUUUAUUAUAAUUAUCAUUAUGACUGCUGCUUUUGUCCUCUUAAAGACUCCGAGUUAACAGACUCAAUAGAGAUGGGUUCAAAGUACUUCCUCUGUGGCAGAAUGAGAUUGGACCAGGGCUGACCGUUCUGCUCUGGACAUGUCUUAUUUUGGGAGUUCUUUGUAUUUUGUUCUGACAAAGGUCUGGAUUUGUCCACUUAAGUUUUGUGAUAAGUCAAAAUGUCCUACUAGAAUUAGAGCAUGUACUGUGGUGAUUUAAUGUAAGCCGUGACGGGCAACGACAUCCUUCGAGGCAGUGGCUGAUUGUGAGACCAAACAUGACUUUCUUACAGAUGAGCUUUGGCAACUCCUCCAGUCCAGACAGCUAAUCCAACAAAAACAAAGACUGUUUCAGGGUCUAGUUUAUCCAUCAUCAACUAGUGUUUUAAUGUACAAAUCAUUCCAAUCACAUGUUUCUGUCUGUACAUCAGUCAGAAAUAUGUGUCUGAUAGGAGUUUGUCUGUUUAUUUUGUUGGGGGUUUUUUGUAAAUAUUCAUUGCUCUGAGUGGGGAAACUGGGUUUGAAACUUAUGAAAUGCAAUAACUAUAAGCUUACUACCUUGUCAGGUUGCAGCUUUAAAGACAAUGCGAGGUCUAACAAUACAGGCUGAGACAAGACAAUACAUGAUUUUGAGUUCACAAGAAUCAGA